AUACAACGAACCUUUUCAUUUAAGUAUCUACGAGCACUCUGUAGCUUGCUUUAGUUCCCUCGCGGCUAAUGGCGGUUCUCUUCUCCCACUCUCUCGCCCCCUCCGCCGCUCUCCCGCCCUUCAACCCCCUUAACUCGUACUCCAAAUCUCCUCCCGCCUUCUCGCUACCUGUUUCUUGUCGCCGAUCUGUCAGCCAGAAGAGUCGUAGCCGCUUGCCGACAAUUCUUAGGGUCGCCACGCCGUCAUCCCCUCCAGCUCCUACUGAAGAGGAUAAACUCGAAUUCCGAGAACUCGAUGCAACGUCCUCCUCCUCUUCGGAGACCUUCUCGUGGCGAGAUCACUGGUACCCUGUCUCCCUCAUCGAGGAUCUUGAUCCCCGCUUGCCUACUGCCUUUCAGCUCCUAAACCGCGACAUAGUUCUAUGGAAGGAUCCUAAGUCCGGCGACUGGGUGGCCUUUGACGAUCUCUGCCCCCACCGCCUCGCACCACUUUCGGAAGGAAGGAUCGAUGAGAAUGGUUGCUUGCAGUGCUCGUACCAUGGAUGGUCGUUCGAUCGGAAGGGCUCCUGUGUGCGGAUUCCACAGGCGCUGCCGGAUGGACCGGAGGCUAGGGCCGUGCGGUCGCCGAAGGCGUGCGUGACUCGGCUGCCUACCAGGGUUUCUCAGGGAUUGCUCUUCGUCUGGCCAGAUGAGCACGGUUGGGAGAAAGCCAUGGCUUCUGAAACUCCCAGGUUGCCGGUUGAUUUUGAGAGUCCGGAAUUUUCUACUGUGACGAUCCAGAGGGACUUGUAUUAUGGAUAUGAUACACUGAUGGAAAAUGUCUCCGAUCCUUCACAUAUUGAUUUUGCUCACCACAAGGUAACUGGAAGAAGGGAUAGAGCUAAGCCUCUACCAUUCAAAAUGGAAUACAGCGGAGUCUUUGGAUUUGCUGGAGCUGAUUCUGGAAAUCCUCGUAUAAGUGCUAAAUUUGUUGCCCCUUGCUAUUACAUUAAUAAGAUAGAGAUUGACACCAAAUUACCGAUAUUUGGAGAUCAAAAGUGGGUCAUUUGGAUAUGUUCCUUCAACAUACCCAUGGCACCGGGGAAGACACGGUCCAUUGUGUGCAGUGCCAGAAAUUUUUUUCAGUUUACAAUGCCCGGUCCUGCAUGGUGGCAGUUGGUACCGCGUUGGUAUGAGCAUUGGACUUCAAACAAAGUUUAUGAUGGUGAUAUGAUUGUUCUACAAGGACAGGAGAAAAUUUUUCUAUCAAAGUCCAUGGAGGGUUCCGGCGAUGUCAACCAACAAUAUUCGAACAUUACAUUCACCCCAACACAGGCAGAUCGUUUGGUCUUAGCAUUUCGGAAUUGGUUGAGGCGCUACGGUAAUGGCCAGCCCCAUUGGUUUGGCUUUGUGAACCAAAAUGCUCUUCCAUCCACUGUUCUAUCAAAGCGUGAGAUGCUGAACCGACAUGAACAACACACUCUGAGGUGCUCAUCAUGCAGAGGCGCUUAUGACAGCUUCCGCAAAUGGCAGAAAUUACUCAUCGCCGCAACUGUAAUUUUAUGCGCCUCUUCUGGAGUUCCUUCCGAGAUCCAACUGCGGCUUCUGCUCUCAGGUUCUGCUAUAGUAAGCGCUGCUUUGGCUUAUUUAUUUCACGAGAUUCAAAAGAACUUUGUAUUUGUUGAUUAUGUGCAUGCAGAGAUUGACUGAAGCAAGUGAUGUCUUAUAGGAUAGGGUUAAAAUCAUAGGAUAAAUUGUAUUUCAGUAUUGUUAAGGAUUUCACAGUUCUGUUAUUAUGUAUACGUGUAUAGAGAGGGAUGAUAUACAUAUAUUGAGCUGUAGAGAGU